UCUCCCGAGCUCUAGAUAUUACACAUUUACCACUUCAGAUUACUGUUUUAUAAUUCAUGUUAUUUAUGCGAUCUCGGGGAAUAGUUAGAAUAAAUCAGGCGUGGAACAAGCCUCCCCGGGCCUUGAAGAGUCUACACAUGCCUCGUGCCCGUGUACGCUUGGCCAUGUUUUUAUGUCGAUGUAAGCUAUCCCUCCCCGACUCAUAUUCCAAUUCUAUAACAAAAGGAAACAUUCCUUUCAACUCUGUAACAAAAAGGAGAGGGUUUUUAUCUUUCAUUUAUGUUGUAUAACGAAUAUACCUGUUUGUCAAAGGUUAAAAUCACUGUAUCUUCUACAGUGUAUCUUCUAUCACAGAUCAUUUAAGGGAAGUGCGUCUUGUAAACGGUUCCCUUGACGUUGCUCCGUUGAAAUGAGGUAGGCGAUUGGAAUAACUGCUUACAUAAAGGAAAAAACAACAACAAAUAAACAACCGACAAAACUCGAGGCACCCGGAAAUUAUUAAAGGAGAGCGGAUUCUAGACGGCUGAUGUGUUUCUAUUGGUAAAUUAUCCUCCUAUAUCUUUCGAAACUUGAUGAGCUGGAUUUAACACGACAGAUGUGGUUUGUCGAACGUUGAUGACAUCCUCAUAAGAACAGAAUGUGGGAUACGGUGAUGCGCACACUCAGGAAAAUCUUGUGCUCGGGAUGUGGUAUCGUGAACAUAGUGUACCUGACAACAACUUUAUCAGUGAUAUUAUUCCUCCAGCUGUUUUAUGUGAAUCAACAACUGAAAUCAGUUGUUCCCAUCGCCAAAAACAUGCAGAAAGAUAUCCGUUUCAUUCUUUCUUUCCGUAGUCUUGAUACCAGCGUAUCGUCGACAACACAUCCCACCACAAGUCACACGCCAGUAAUCGACAUUCAGAAGUUCGUCUUUAAACGCCCGGAUGCAUGUCAAGGGUGUUUUGUGCAUAAUUACACGUAUAUUUUGGAUAAUGAGAAUAUUUGCAGCACGGAUGAAGGGAAACAGCCUGUCCAAAUCUUGGUUCUUAUUUCUACAACUCACAGAAACACGGAACGAAGGAAGGCCUUGCGUGACACGUGGUUGUCUGUGGCAAGGAAAAACAUGGGUGACGUCAGGUACGCGUUUCUGCUUGGAACAGUGUCUGACGCAACGACACAGGUUGCUUUAGAAACCGAGAGCGCCACCUAUAGGGACAUAAUCCAAGAAGACUUUGUAGAUAGCUACAACAAUCUUACAUUAAAGACCAUGAUGGCUUUCAAAUGGGCCAGCAAAAACUGCAAAAAUGCCAAGUUCUUUAUGAAAACGGACGAUGACAUGUUUGUGAAUCUAAACUCUCUAAAAAAUACGGUUAGGAAUUACAGCAUUGCUCUUCAACAUUCAAUUGGAGGAUUCUGUAACCUCACUCGUGAACCUGUCCGACUUAAUUCAUCUAAAUGGUACGCAUCGUACGCGAUGUACCCCCAUAAGAAAUAUCCUAAAUAUUGUUCGGGCACGGGGUACGUGACCAGCCUUGGUGUUGUCGGGAAGGUUUAUAAAGUUUCCAAAAAUAUUCCAUUCUUUUAUUUAGAGGAUGUCUUUGUGUCCAUGUGUAUGAAGAAGCUCGGAUUAGAUAUGAUACAUUUACCCGGAUUUCACGCCGAUUUUCAAAAACCUGGAUGUGUGUAUAAAACUAAUAAACUAGUGACGUCACAUCGACUUACACCAAAACUCCUACGGAAAAUAUGGAAUAAUAGCGCGUGCGACGACCCUGGGUAGACUGUUACAAGUGUUAUGAUUACAAGUGCGAAUUGUCAAUAUAUUGCCAAUCUAUCCCCCAACGAAAUACUCCCCAAAAUCGUACAAGUGGUUGACGCUACAAACCACAAAAGCAAAAGUGGUGCAUUUAGAGAAUAUCCUUCGGAGGUCCAGGGAGUCGAACAAGCAAUAAUUAUAUUCUCCAACAUUAGCGACAAUGGGUCGAUGGUUUCCGGUGUAAACGGGUGAUUGUAGUUAAUAUCUAUGCAGCUAUUCACAUUUCUAUAUGUUUAUUUACGUUAUAUGUGUGGAUUGACGUUGAUAUAUUACUAAGUACUUGCCACUUAGUCAUGAAAUAAAUCUCUCUCUCUCUCUCUCUCUCUCUCUCUCUCUCUCUCUCUCUCUGACCUGUAAGGUAAAACCAAAAUCACUGACUUCACCAGUUUACCAGAUUCUGAUCUCCAUGUACUCGUUUGAUCAUUUCUAUAUUAAAACUUGUUUGCUUUUUUUUUUACCUGCUAAUCUACUAUAUUUUCCUACGCUUUGUACGCACCCUUCAUGGCCGAACAGUUCAUCUGUUUACUUAGGCCAUGAUAAGACAGUAACCUAGUUAAGUUUUCUCCUGCACAAGACGUGAUCAAUGCGGGUAUGCCGCAUGAUUAUUUGACUGUGUUGAUUGCUUUUCGUUUGUUUCAUGAACGUUGGUCUACUGUCAUUUUGACUCCCACAUUUUUUCACAGUGUUUGAUACGUAAUCGUACUGGGUACGAGUUGACUUUUUUCCCAGUGCUUAAUAAUUUUACUCCUCCUAGGCACCCGACCCCACCUCUGGUGUGUCCAGGGGUCCGUGUUUGCCCAACUAUCUAUUUUGUAUUGUUUGUAGGAGUUAUGAGAUUGAUCACUGUUCAUUAUCUUCACCUUUCAUUGGGUACGAGUUGACUUUUUUUCCAGUGCUUAAUAAGGAAUCAUACUGGGUACGAGUUGACUUUUGCGCUGAUGACCAUCAGGUGGCAGGGGACGGUUUCUUUGGUUCUGAAACAUGUGGGUAGGGGGUAUAUAUCAAAGUCAGAUUAUGACAGACUAAUGAAAAAUCAUAUUUCCCUUUUUAAAUUUAUGUCAGUACUUGUAUUUCAUAUUGGUGUAGUUAAUAAAUUAUGACCCUAAAUUACAUGCAAUCUAGAAAUACUGGUGCUGGUGCACAAAACAUGCUCUGAACAGGGUCCCCUUUUCUGCUUUGAUUUUCUCUCAUUUGGGCUAAUCCGCACCCCCCCCCCCCCACCACACACACACACACACCAUCACAGUACCAAGCAUGGGGAUUUAGACACUGUGCACAAUCAAGAACCCAAUCUGCCCUUUUAAAAAAUCUACCAUUCAUAUGGGGCCAUCCACCUUCCCUCUCAGCUACGGACCUUUUGCUGGACCAUGCAUGUUUUCACCGGAAUUUCUUCAGGAACUGACCACGUGUCUUAGUUUCGUAUUUGCACCCAUUUCUAUGCUAGGAAUCAUGGUCACACCUACAUGUUGUAUAUAGUUCAUUGAUUAACAAGCCAAAAAACAAUAAACAAGUAAUUAAUGGUACAUAUACGUUUAUAGGUUUAAUAAAAGGGUUUUGUACAUAUUUUACUUUUGUAAAUUGACAAUAUAUGUAUAUUUGUUCGUGUCUUAGAGAUAAGCGUUCGUUAUUAUAUGUUUUAAUAUUUAGUAGAAGAUUUAUUUGAAGUAUCCUUCACGAAUUUCAAUUCACAAAUACAAUUAGUUAUUAUAUAUCAUAGUUAUAAUAUAUUAUAUUCUUGGAGCACUGGUGAUGUUCACGUAUUUGAAACAUAAAAUUAUUGAUAAUAUAAAAAAUUACGCCAUCUGGAUUUGCAGAAUAUGAGGACACUUCAAUCGAUGACUCUAAUACCUGUCGUAUUGCAUGCAUUACUUUGGACUAUCGUUUUAAAGGGACUGAUUCACGACUUCCCCCAAAAUUGUCUUUUUCGCUUUUAAUGAUCAAAAUCUACUGUCUGAUGUGUUUAAAAGAUUUCACAUCAAAAUUAAGGUUAUCAAUUAUCACAGAAGCUGUUUUGUAAACAAAGAUUGGGGUAUGUUAUUGUUUACGAAAUUUUCAAAAGAAAUGGAUAUCGAUCUAAGUUUAUUAUAUCUUUCACAUUUCAAGCAUUAAAAUUUGUAAUUAUGCAAAAUUAAGAUGCUCUAUAUUACAAAAUCAAUAUUUCACUUGUUUGUUUGUAUACAUGAGUAAACAGUUCUCGAGAGGGACGUUUGAUAGUAUAAGACUGACAAUCCAGAUGUUUGUAUGUACAUUUGAUAAUCAUUGUAUUGUUUAUUACCAAGAACCAUACAGUUCAUAGGUUUAACGUUUUGACAUAGAACAAAUAAACAUGAAUAUAAACAGAGGUUAUUCAUAAA